ACCGUAGCCCCGCCCACUAAUCUGGUUUGACGGCGAAGCAACAGGACAGUUUUGGGAAAAGCCGAGAACAUGAGUAGCUUUGCUUGUUUCAAAAAGUGUGGUUCCGUGCUGAUAACGGGAGCGAACCGAGGACUGGGUUUACAGCUGGUGGAUAGUCUGGUCAACGGAGGAUUUUCGCCGGGGAAGAUUAUCGCCACCACCCGUGACCCCUCCGCCGCACUGAAACUUCAUGAAUUGGCGAAGAAUCAUCCCAACAUCCACAUAAUCGCUCUUGAUGUACAGAGUCAUGAAAGUAUCCAGAGGGGUGUGGAAGAGGUGCAUCAGCUGGUACAGGAGGAAGGUCUGAACUGCCUUAUCAACAAUGCAGGAAUCAAUGUGAUAGCUGACUUCCACACUGUAACUGCUGAGAAGAUGAUUGAAAACUUCCACACUAAUGCUGUAGCACCUCUAAUGAUUACCAAGGCCUUCCUUCCUCUGCUGAAGCGAGCUGCAUCCAGAGGGGCAUGGGAUCCAGCGACCAUGAGCAUCCAGAGGGCAGCUGUCAUUAACAUGUCUUCUGCACUUGGCUCUAUUGAGCUCACAAAAAAGGAGCUUGUAGGACGCUUCAACUGGUACCCCUACAGAGCUUCUAAGGCUGCCCUCAACAUGGUGAGCUGCUCUCUGGCCAUAAACCUGGAAGAUGAUGGUAUUCUUUGUAUGGCUAUACACCCAGGUUGGGUCCGCACCGACAUGGGCGGUUCUCAGGCUCCCCUGAGUCCCGAAGAGAGCAUUUCUUCUCUCUUGUCAGUUAUUGGUGGACUGACUGAGAAGGAUCAUGGGUCAUUUUUGAACUACACAGGAGAGCCAUUGCCUUGGUGAUUCGGAUUAUAUUCAAAAUGAUUCCUAAAUUGACAAAUAGUUAACACCGUUAACUAUUUAGUGGUAUUUAGUGCUAUUUAACUUUAAAAAAGAACCCAUCUGUUGCAUUUCCCUGUUGAAUAUUCUGUUUCGCAACUUGUCCAGGCUGUAUCCUGCCUCCUGCCGGAGUGCAGCUGGUAUAGGCUACAGUGUGACAUCCAGACAGAUGAAAGUCUGUAUGAUCACCUUAAACAUAGGAAGGGAGAUGAGACUCAGUGUCCAAAAGCAAUCAUGACAUAAGUAAUAAAUCCUACAAGACAUAAAAACA